AUGGUGAAACAAGUAAGAUUAGAUAACGACGAAUUAAAACGAUCGGAUUCCCGCGAUAUAGAAUCAAGCGAUUACAGCGUUACAUUUGAAACGGUACCAGAAGAAGAAGAAGAUUAUUUCACAAAAUUCAACACGUUAGCGGGAUGGCAAUCAAUUUUAUUGAUGCAAUUUCAAAUCCAAAUGAAAGCGGCAAUUUUAUUCAGUAUUUAUGUAACGUACAUUUACUCGAUGGUCGAGUUAGCAUACGCCUUCGGAUCGAAUAAAACGAUUUACAUCGAAUCGACACCCGGAAGAGAAGCAAUGAACAGCGUACUUUACACGGGCGAUGUGAUUUACGCCUUGGAUUGUUUGAGCAUGUUAAUUUUUAAGCGAGUGAAAUGGAAAGAAAUUGGUUAUCGUUAUAAAUCACGCCCAAAUUUCAUAUUAACCCUCGAAAUAAUUAGUUUGAUCCCAUUAGGACCAUUUUAUAGCACGAUGGUGAAACCAACAAUGAAAAUUUCGUCCGUUUUACGAUUACGAUACACUUUAAGAUUAGUUCGAUUGCAUUCAUUUUUUAUUGAAGCUAAAGAUUACGUUGGGAGAAAUUCGUAUCUUUUACACUUAUUUUUGUACGUCGCAUUUUCGGUGUUAUUAAUCGUUUUAUCAACAACGAUCGCUUACAUUCAUAAUUGUAACGAAGAUGGAUCUUGCAAUGAAGAACCUAAUUAUGAAAUUUACACGGAAUCUUUAUACGUAGCUUCGGCGAUUUGGACGUUCGUUGGUUGUACGAGCCAAACGAAAGAUUGGGUUUUGGAUAAUGUUUUGGUGGCGUUUAUUGGGUUUUUGAUGGUUUCCUUUUUUAAUGGGUAUUUCGUUUGUGGUAUUUUGAGGAAAAUUCGGGCGAAAUGUUGUUAUAUUAAUACGUGUAUGUGGCAGAAGAAAACGAUUGCGAUUUGGAAGAAGGAUUUUGUUAAGGAGUGGACUAGGUAUCAUAAGAAAUAUGAGGUUUUGAUGGAGGAUUACGCGGGGAUUUUGUGGGAACGAACUCGCGGGAUUUAUCCUUCUUUGUAUUUGUGGAAAUUUUUGCCCCCGAUUAUGUAUAAGGAGAUUUUUUUGGAUACUUGUUGGGUUCCUUUGAAACAUAGCCAUUUAUUUCGGAAUGAGGAGGUUUAUUUUUUGAGGUUGUUGUCGCAAAGGGUUGAGCAAAGAUUUUUUUGCCCCGGUGAGAUUAUUUAUAGACGGGAUAAAUAUAAGACUUGCAUGGUUUAUAUCGUUUCGGGGACCGUUGAUAUUUUAUCGGAGGAGGAUGGGGAAACCCCGAUUAUGUCUUUAUCGAGCGGGUCGUGUUUGGGGGAGUCGAGUAUUAUAAUAAGUUAUCCCUCAACGAGUACGGUGAUGAGCCGAGAUAUGUGCGAUGCGGUUAUUUUGCAUAAAAAGGAUUUUGUGCAAUUAUGUUUAUUGUAUCCGGAAAAAAUGAAGAGGGUUAUUUCGGUUAUUAAUUUGAGAUAUGUUUCGGCCCGCUCGUUUAAGAUCAUUUCGGAAUUUCAAUUUAACAACGUUGAGUAUGAAGAGAGAGUGGGGGUUUUGACGAUGAAGUGGUUAAAACAUACUUUAAGAUCGUUGCUAUUUAACGUUAGAAAAAUGGGGGAUUUAUUAAAUAGGAGGUAUUUAUCGAAAUUGGAAGAAAACGUUUUUUGCACGAAAUACUUGGAUUUAUUGGCCCAAGCGGAAGAUGAAGAUGUAAUAACCGACACGGUUUUUAUAAAAACCCAAUUUCCUUUUGUGUUUAGACCCAAUUCGGUUUUAACGAAGCUUUGGAACGCGAUCGUUUUAACUUUAUUGAGUUAUUUGUUGAUUUCGUAUCCGUGGUUUAUGGUUUAUUACAUCGAAGAUCGUUUAUUUUUCGAAAUAAGUUUCGGGGUGAUCAGUUUUUGUUGGAUAAUCGAUUUGUAUUUGCGAUCAUCGAUCGCGAUUAAAACGAAAUAUUACAAUUACAACACCGUUUCGGAUAUUUUGAUUCACAAUUUUUCGUCGUUUACGUAUUUGUUGGAUAUUUUCGCAGCGAUCCCUUGGGAGGUUAUUUUUUAUUUAAUCGAGGGGAAGUUAACCCAAAAUUAUAGCCUCUUAGCCUCGGCGAAUCGCUUAGUUAAAGUGUACAAACUCGAACAACUCUUUACUACGAUCAAAGUCGAAACGAACACUUUGGUUUUGUUGACGAUAACGAAAUUUUCGAUUUAUCUGAUUAUUUUUUGGUAUUAUUUCGCGGCGGUUUGUUUUAUGUUGGGGAGGUCUUCGAUGAAUUAUGAUGAUUUUAUGGGGUACGUCGAAAAAUUUGAUUCGAAUUCGACGUUGCAUCAAGUUUUUAUGUCGAUGUUUGGCGUGAUCGAGUUUUAUUGCGAUUUAGAUGUGGCCGGGUUUCCUUUCGCGAAAGGAACCGGCUCAAAAAUCGUUUUGAUCGCGUUCCAAUACAUCCUCGAAUGCUUCAAUAUCUGCUUCAUUGCGUAUUUAGCGGCGAUUGUGACGAUGAAUCGCAUCGAUAAGCACCGGAUGCAAGAAUACACCAACAACAUGGAAAUAACGAUGCAAUGUUACAAAUUAAACCCGGUUCUACAAAAACGCGUUUGGAGAUACAUCGAUUUGCAGUAUCGAGGUACUGGGAUUUAUUUUUUGAUUUCCGAUGAGAUUUUCGCGGAGAUUCCUAAAGAACUCGCGGUGGUUUCGCGUGGGAUUCAUUUGGGGGAUGUUUUAAAAAACGUCCCGUUAUUUUAUUACCUCGAGGAUAACGUAAUUUAUGAAAUAGCGAACGUUGCGAUGGUUCAUUUGGUUCCUGAGAAUGAGGUGAUUGUGCAAAUUGGGGAAUUCGUCCCGGAAAUUUAUAUUUUAAUCCAAGGGGUGUGUCGCAUGGAGAAUUUUCGGGGCGAAUACAAACUUAUCGAGCAAAAUGAGACUUUUAACGCGCUCGAAGCUUGUUUGGACGUGAAAUCUUUGGUGACGAUUCGUACUGAAACGCCGUGUUCUUUGGUGACGAUUUCGAUACAAAAUUUAAAGGCGGUUUUGUUACAAUUUAAGUUGAAUUAUGACCAUUUAGAGACUGCGAUUAAUUCUUAUCCGUAUUGGUCGAGUGUUGUUAAGGUUUACCCGAAGAUAACUAAAAUAAUCGGUGAGAAAAAAUUGGUUAAAAAGGAAUACAAGUAUUUUGGGUACUUUUUAAAAAAACGAACCAAGAAAUACGCCGCUUAUAAAGAGGGGUUCACCCCAAAAACGGCGAUUUUUAAACCGUUCCUUUUAAGAAUCGUCUUCUCAAACAACGGGAAAUUCGUGUAUUAUUGGGAAUUUACUCGGGGUGUCUUUAUUUAUUUAACAAUUUUGAUGAUUCCGCUUUUGCAUGUACGAGAGGAUCGGUUGUAUUCUUAUAAAAUUUUCGUGUGCGAUUUAGUUGCUUAUAUCGAUAUUAUUUUGCGGCACAAUUUUUCUUAUUACAACGAAAAAGGGCUCGAGGUGAUGCACCCGAUGAAAACGGCGAAAUAUUAUUGGAGCCACGCUUUCGCCUUAGAUUUAUUCGCGAGUUUACCUUUCGCGAAAGUCAUCUCAUUAUUGUUCGGGUCAUCGAUACAAGAAUACAAAUUAUUUCAAUACAAUCGAUUCCUACAAAUUUACCGAUUCCGUUACACUCUCAACAAUUUCUUCGACACCAAAGUCCACCUCCAACAAUUAAUGAUCUACAAAUACCUCCCUUACGUCCUUGUUACAAUCACCACGUUAUCCUCGAUUUUCGUCAAACAAACCUGCAGCAUAACGUUAAAAAAAAUCGAUUGCACCCCAGAUAGUAGCUUACAAUCAAAAAUUAAAACCAACACCUCAAUAGCUGAUGUAAUCGGGUGGGGGAUUUACAUCACAACGAGCUCAUUAACCUACAGUAAUCACUAUUUGGUUCAAAUUGGUACAACUCACGAAUUGAUUUAUAUCUCUUUGUGUGCAUUUUUAGGGAUGAUUUUAAUUUAUUUAUUGCUAGCGAAAGGAAUUGAAAAUUGCAUGGCAAUAAACCGCGAUUUAAGCGUGUACCAAGAAGCGAUGCAGCGAUUAAAUUUAUUCUUAUCGUAUCGAAAAAUCGAUAAGCACCUCAAAAACGAAUUAAUAAACCAUUUUGAGUACCGCUGGAAAAGAACCAAAGGAAAAAGCAUCCACAAAUCAUUCAAAUUCUUCAAACGCUCCUUCAAAGUCGAAGCUCUCUACAACAUUUACGGAAUCCUUUUAACCGAAUCAACCAUUUUUCCGACCCCAAACGAAGGAUUUUUUCGAAGCUUACUCUUAGAAGUUGAACAUGAAAUGUAUUUAAAACGCGGGUACAUAUACAGGGUGAACGAUGUAAACGAUGACGUGUUUAUUUUAUUAAAAGGGAACGUGCACGUCGUUGGAGCUGAUGGAAAUCGAUUGACUCAAUUAAGUUCGGGAAGCAUUUUCGGGAAUUUAGAUAAUUGCCCGGUUGGAAGAAGAACUUUAAGUAUAAUAGCGUCAAGUCACGUCGAUGUUUUGCGAUUUAGCAGCGCCGUUUUAUUCAGACACCUCGCAAAUUUCGACCAUUUACAUCGCCACUUCAAAAAAUUAACUCAAUUCGACACCGAUUAUAUCCCCGAAAAAUCCUCACACGUCCGAGAAGCUUUGCAUUUAUUAACAAGCUCAACGCAAAUAAUCAAACCGUCUUUAUCAAGUUAUUUCGAAAAAUCCGCCUUUUUUAAAUGGAAAAUAUUUAAUCGAAACUUAUUCAUUGAAUUUUGGGAGAAAUUCGUAAUCUGCUACGUCUCUUAUUGUAGCUAUUUCAUAGAGCUUUAUCAUUUAACGACGUUAUGCGACUCAUAUUUGAUUUAUUGCCUUCUUUAUUCGAUCGAUUUAAUUUUUUUAAUCAAAAUUUAUUUGAUGUUUCACACCGCAUACGAAGACGAAUACGGAAUUAUCAUAAAGAAUCAUUCAACAAUCGCCAAAAGAUACAUUAAAAUGAAAAUAGGAUUUAUUUUAGACGUUUUUACAACUUUACCCCUCGACGUUUUUAUGUACGCAUUCCAAAACACAUCUUACUCAAGAUAUAUGUACCCGAUUCUUCGAUUAAAUCGAUUACCACGAAUUGUUAUUGCAAUGGCAAAAUUAAGAAGUUUAACUCAAAAAUUAAACGUAACCGUUUUAUUCGUUAGAAUGUGGUAUUUAGUAACAUGGACUUUAAUUGCAAUGGUCACAAUCGGAUCAACUUUAUUAUUUUUUAAUUACAAAUAUUACCCAAAUAUGUCACAAAGACUCUUUAAUUUCUUAACUUGCAUACAAUACGUAAUCAACAGUUGCAUUUCAACAUCAAAAUCGAUUCCAAUCGAUAAAUUCGAAAUAAAUUGGGCAUGGACGAUGUGGAUUUCGACCGUUUUAAUAUUCUCAAAAGCAAUCUUAUUAUUUUUUAUAACCGAAUGUUGCUCAAUAUUAAUCGUUGUUAAUCACACGAGAAAUUCUUACGAACAAUUCAUGAUUUUUAUCAAAUCAUACCUCCACAAAGAAAAUAUUUCGAUCCCUUUAACCGAAAGGGUUAUUGAUUACUCAAAUUUGUUAUGGGCGUAUCACAAAGGGGUGCAAUUCCCCGUUUUAUUAGACGAAGCCCCUUAUUAUCUAAAAGAAGCACUUUUAGACUCAAUGUUUGGAUUCCACUUAAACAAUCACCCAAUCAUGAAAAAUUUACACAAAGAUUUGACACGGCAAAUGACCGCGAGGAUGAAGACGUUAGUUUUUUUCCCCGGCGAUAAAGUCACUUACGUCGGGGACAUAGAUAGGUGCAUGUAUUUUAUCGACGAGGGCGAAGUGGUCGCUUUAAGUGAAGACACGAUGUACUCCGAGGUGAUUCAAGAAGUGUUACACGUCGGGGAAAUGUUCGGAAUGCAGCAAGGGAUUUUGUACAAUGUGGGACACAAUUUCACGUAUAAAGUUACUCUUUAUACGGUUUUGGUUGCGUUAAAACGAGACGAUUGGAUACAUUUAUUGGAUUUUUAUCCUGCUUCGAAACAUGUUAUUUCUCAAGCUUGUGGUGUCAAAUUAGAUCGUGUUAAUUUAUGA